GUCCUUUUCAAAUUCCAUACGUGAAUUCGUGUUUUAUGCACGUUCUAUUUCAGGGAGCGACGAAGAUUGCGGAACCCAUCAGUGUGCUUUUUAGUCAGGUUUUUGUUAAGUGCAGCUAGCAGACAUUUGGGGCAAGUUCCUUUUUUUAAUAUAGAUUUUUUGUGCUGUUGUUGUUCACGAAUAGAGUGUCGUGAUGAUGGAGACGUGAGUGGCUAGCUACAUAGAAUCUCUUAUUUGCUAGAGACGACGAGACUGGGCCGGCAGCCAAACCGUUUUUCGUUUGUACCGAGGACUUGCACACACACUCUCUCUCUCUCUAUACGCACCACGAAGCACUAAUUAUAGAUCAUGAGCAAAAGAGGAGAGCUGUGUGACUAGAAAGAGAAAAACACACACAGCCCGGACAAGAGAGAGUGGAGGGGGGAUGACAAUCGACGGCUCAUUGCUCUUGCAAGAGGAGAGAGAAAAAAAGGGGCGACUUGGUGCCUUCAUUCCGGACGUAACCUCGCCGAAAAAUUAUAGAAAAAAGGCUCGUCGUUACGCCACAUUGACAUUCCGCUUCUUCAUUCCGUUCCUGCUUCGCAUGCAGACAAGUCCAAAUGAAAUAUUGCCAGCCGCAUUUAUCUUAUAACUUAUCCAACAACUAAUGACCACCAUUUCAGACAUAUACGAACAUUAAAAAGUCCGCAAAGAUAAGUCGAGCUUGGAAUUAUGAAACGUGUCUUCUACUAAUAAUGAAUAAUUAAUUUUUGUGUAACUUGCGCAAUUUCUUGCUAUAGAAACAACUAGAAACAAUUUGAUGUUUUUAUAAGCGAAGCCGUCUCCAUAUUCAACCAACCCGGAAAAUGAUUCUAUCUCGGUUUUGGUUGUUGUUGCGAUAAACAAGGUAAAUGCGGUAAAAUGAAACCGUUCGCCAAGGGCAUCACAAAUAAUAACGACGCGUACGUUUCACAAUAUAAUCGAGAUUAGCCAGUUUGAAAUAUUUUAUCUAGCUCCUUUGAAGAAUGGUUGUGAAUACUGCUGUGCGCAACUUUCUUUUUGACAGCAGCGCGUCCUUUUGUAUGGGCCCCAAUGCAAUAUGAUAUAUCAGCAGCGCUGGUCUUAGGCUUGCGCUUCAGGUCUAAGUGCUAUACAAGAUUAUAUUCCGUCAAAUAGAAAAUAUAUGGGGUCACCGGUCGCCGCUACUCGGAAACUUGAACCCAUAGACGGUUUCUAUUUUCAUAUUUCUCUGUUAAGAGAAACCCAGUAAACAUGUAGAUACAGUAUAUCUAACGUUAAAAAAAAAACUUUAAGCCUUUUUAGAAAGGUUUUCUUUUCCUCAUGUAACGAGUUACUCACGGCUGUUAUUUUUGUGAUUUUUCCACCUGUGUAGGAAAUCUGCACGCUUUUUAAAGACGAAAUUAUUACCUUAUAGUAAGCGGCCAUUAAUUUAAGCAAUAAAUGGAAUUGUAUUAUAUUGCAUUUCAUUGUAUUUUAUUUUUAGUUCCGAGUACGAGAUAACGAGAAUCACGAAUUCACGUUUUGUUAGGCCGUCAUGAGUAAAAGCUUCGCGAUUUUUCCGCUUGGCGCCGUGCUGUCAGUGGAAAUCUUGGGGUUAAACAGCAAACUCUCAUUGUUAUUUCCUUUUGUUGACGUAGGGAUAUUUGACACAAGAAUUCCGUUUUUAAAGCCAAGAAUCUCAAUAUUUCGUGUAAGAAUUUUUGUUUUUGAGUGAUGUGAAAGUUACAGUGACCGACUUUGGUUUAGUUCACUACAUCAGAAAUCUCAUCUUUCGUAAUUGUAUUCUAAAUGUUGUCAUUGAGAAUGGUCGAUCGCUUACUUGCUUGCAGACCAUUUACACCUGUACUUAUUGGCAUUUGCGUAGGUAUUUCUAUUAGUUUGAUUGUAACCAAUGCCGGUAACGACAGUGGUUGCAUGGAAAAGAGUUCUGCUUUCUUUGGAGAUAUUUUUGAUAAAAGUCACAGCGUCGAGUCCUUGUUCACAGAUGACAGCAAAAUUGCACAAGAUGAAAACACUGAAGACUUGAGCGAUUAUGACCCUAGAAUUAACUUGGCUGGGAAGCCUCAUUCUGCCAAAAAAGAGCCUCAGACCCUAAUCAGACCCAGAUAUUUAUCUACAGAAUUAGGAAUCAAAGAGAAAAAUUUUGUUGCAGUUUUGAGCUCAAUCAAACAAAUCCCAACUUUAGGACUUGCAAUUAACGAAACCUUAGCUCAUCAUGUGAACCGCUUAGCCUUCUUUGUUGAAGUUGUUGGAAAUGAUAAACUUGAUGUCAAAACCCUUCCUAUUGUUGGAUUUAAAGAUAGCCAACAAGGUCUUCUUACCCUUCACACUUUAAAAUAUUUAGCUGACAAAUUGGCUGUUGGAUACAGUUACUUUUUCUUGAUCAAAGACACUACUUAUGUUGAUGGAAGGAAGCUAGAUAACUUGACAAAACACAUUAGUAUUACUGAAAAUGUUUAUAUGGGAUUGCCUGGAACACAUCCAACGUCUAAUCCGUCUGUGUGCUCUUUGGAUAGCGGUAUACUUAUAAGCAGCUCGGUCCUUUUGGCGAUAUCUCCGCUGCUGGAGACUUGCACAGAAGAUUUUGCAUUUAACUCGGACGAUGAAAAAAUUGGACUUUGCAUUUUCAAAGCCUUGAAUCUCACAUGUCAAUCACAAGUUCAAGGCCAAACCUUUUCUACAUUUAAUCUCGAUGCCCAUAUUAGUGACGUCCGGCAGCUGGAGAAAAUCUGGGAAUCUCAACCGGCAUUGUCUAAUGCGUUGACAUUUUUUCACGCACGAGAGACUUCAUACUUUUUCAUGCUUAACAAACAAACCUGCGAGGUAGCUCUACGAAAUAUUAAAAACUCGAUUCGGGACCUUGAAUCUUCGAUUUUGCGCUUGGCACCGGAUGCUCCUGGUGGACUGGAGGCGGUUACAUGGCCUAUUGGAUAUUCUCCUCCUUCGAAACAAGACACUCGUUUUAGCGUUUUACACUGGAAAUAUUUCAACGAGACUCAUGUCUUUUUUGACACGGAAAACAGCGUCGUCAAACCGUUGAGUGGUCCAAACUUGGAAGAUAUUCAAGAGGUUAUAAGUGCAGCUGUUAAAAGCGUUUUGAAGGAGAGUCCAGAACUUAGCUACUUGCGAGUUGUGAGCAGUUACAAGCGAUUCGAUCCUACUCGAGGAAUGGACUACCGAUUGCAUCUUCUUUUUAAAGAUCCAGUCAAAGGGAAAAUUACCGUUAGAAUGGAAGGUUGUAGGCCUAUUACUCACGUGGAUACGGUGCCAAUGCCGUACGUCACCGAAUCAUCGGUGGUCCAUAUCGUUCUCGUUUUGAGGGACGACGACGAAAUCGCUCCCGCCGAAAGGUUCAUCUCUUCCUUUGCCAAAAACAUGAUGGCUAAAUCUGAUAAAUCAGAACUGACUUUGGUGCUCCUCAACCGAGACGCUGGCAAUUUCAAAUCACUUGCGCAGACCCUCAAUGCGCAAUACAAAAAACAGGGCUCCAAGAUCAGCAUCCUCUCGUCCAAGAUUUCCAGUUUGAACCGGUCGGGAAUGGACUUUAUCGCAGUUGACCUGAUUAGCAGCAAAGUGGAACCUGGGACGCUCAUCUUCUUAUGCAAUCCGUUUACUGAAAUUUACCCGGAUGUAUUGAAUCGCGUACGGAUCAAUACCAUCUCUGGCUGGCAGCUAUUUAGCCCCAUUCCAUUCGCAGAGUACAACCCUGAGGUAUCGUUCCCUGGCUUAUCGAAAACUGAAGCACUCAACAUUUCAACGAACCAAGGCUUUUACGACGUUCACGAGACCCAACACAUCAGUUUCUACAUGGCAGACUACUUAAACGCGCGGAAAACUUUUGAGAUGGAACAACCGCUGGUGAAAUCUGAUCGUGACCUUCAAGGAGAGUUUAGUUCACCCCAUGAAUCGAUUUUAGCCAUGUUCACUCGGAUGCGUCAGCUGCACAUUCUACGAGCUGUAGAACCCCAUUUGCGAAUUCGCUAUCACGAACGAAAAUGCGAGACUAGACGAUGCCGAGAGAGUUUCCUGUUGUCCCAAGGAACAAGAUCUCAGCUUGCACAAUUUGCCCUCGACCGAGAAUCUCCUGCGCUGACGGAAUAACUAUCGCUGUGUGCGGAACAAUUUCCUUUAACUAGAAGCUGCUGCUUUAGUCCUAUCAGCAUCAUUCGCUAUUUGUGAUAAAAACGAGUGCCAAGGCAUGAAAAACGGCUACCAAUAUAACAUUUCGAUAAUUAAUAGUGUUAUUAUAUUUGUUAUAAAGCCUAUGUCGUCUGAAUCGUUUCCGAGUCCUGCUUUUCGUUUAAUUGUGUCGGCUCUUGUUCUGCUCGCAGUUUUUCCUCUUCCAUUUGCUUCUUCUUCUUGACUAAAUCUGAUAGGUAUUUCACUCGCAUCAUACACUCCUCCUAUUGAGAUUGAAUUGAAAAGACAUUGUAAAGCAACGCUUACGUUUUUUGAAUUGUUAUACUAAAAAAAAACAAGAAUGUAGUAGUUAUUUAGUUACCUUUGUUUUAUCGGGCACUGCCUUUGCAAUACGUUCCCACCUUUCGGAGCAUCCUUUGGUGUAGCAAGCCAGGGCUGUUUCAAGAGAUUUUUGUUGCUUUUGUGUCCAGCCACAACUACCAGGAGUUUGUUCUUCCACUCCUUCAAUCCCAUAGUUUGCCUGUGUAGGUUCUGCCAACAAAAUGUUAUUUUUCCCUCCUCUGGUCUUUUCCUUUUUCUUCUCCACUCUUUCUUCCUCCUUGGCAAUUCCGUCACCUUCUUGACCUUCAAGUGGCCUGAAUAGAAGAAUAAAAAAGUCUGUGACAGACUAUAAAUAAAUACGUUUGUACGAAAAUA